UUCAGAGUCACAAGUUUAAUCAUGGACCCUCAUACCAGUGCCCAGGACGUGAAGCGAUGUGACCUGUGUGAGACCGCUGUGGUACAGAUGCACUGUGAUACGUGUCUUGUCAACCUGUGUACAAAUUGUGUAGGAAAACAUAUGAUAUCUGAUGAAUCCAAGGAUCACAAAGUCGUCAAAUUUCAGGCCAGGAAAUCCACUCCCCUCUACCCUGGUUGUACAUCACAUAAUAAACAACAAUGUACAAUGUACUGUAAUCAAUGUGAUAUUCCUGUAUGCAUUAAGUGCAUUGCAUCUGAUCAACAUCUAGGUCAAAAAGUAUCAGAAAUCUUGAAAGUUGUGGAUGAAAAAAAGGCUAAAAUUAUCAAAGAACGAACCGAGUUACAUGAAAAAAUUUAUCCAACCUACCAGGGCAUUGCCUUUGAUGUACAAAACAGAAUAAGUCAGUUAGAAAAGGAAUAUGGAGAUCUCUCAACAGCCAUAACAAAACAUGGAGAGGACUGGCACAGAGAAAUUGACAAACUUGUCAAGAAACUUAAAGCUGAAGUUGAUGAGAUGAAAAACACUCAGUUAGAAACUCUACACAAAAAACAUCUUGAUGAAAUAAACAAGAAAAUGUCUGACAUCAAGGAUGAACUCAACUCAGUUGAUGUUGCUGUGGAUUCUAACGAUAUUUCAAAACUGUUUGAUAUUACAAUCAAUGUAGACAGAUAUAAAAAUCUUCCACAAAAUUUUUUACCAUCUUUGCCAAAAUUCAUUCCAGGCAGAAUCCAAGAACUUAGUAAAAUAUUUGGAACCCUAUCAUCAAGUUCUUCAACAUCAGAUGAAAAUGAUUACAGUAUUAAGACAACACAGAAAUCACCAGAAGCUGGAUCCUCUCCUCCAGUCAAACAGCUGCUUGAUGAACCAGAGAUUGUCACCACCAUAGACACUGGGUAUGAUAACCUUUACAAAGUGGCCUGCCUGAGUGAUGAAGAAAUCUGGACAAGAGGAAAUGGCAACACCAUGAAACUUUACAGCAUCAAUCAAGGCUCAUUACUCAUGUCAAUCUCAACCAAGUCUGGGGGUGAGCCAUGUGACAUAGCGGUGACAAAAAGUGGAGAUCUCCUUUACUCUGAUCACAUUGAUAGAACUAUUAACAUUGUGAAGAUAGAGGAGAAGAUAACACUACAGAACUGGAUUCCUCGCAAUUUUUAUCUUAAUACCUUCUCAGAUGAUCUCCUGGUUAUGAUGUACUGUAAAGAAAAAAAACAAACAAAAGUUGUCCGUUAUGCCGACUUUACAGAAAAACAAACCAUUCAGUUUGAUGAUGAAGGAAAAUCUCUCUUUUCUUCUGAAUCGCAAUAUAACAAAUAUAUUACUGAAAACAGAAAUCUGGAUAUUUGUAUGGCUGACAAGCGAGCUAAAGCAGUAGUGGUGGUCAAUCAGGCCGGGAAACUGAGAUUCAGGUACACUGGACAUACUCCUGCUCCAAAAAACAGAUCAUUUGAUCCACGAGGAAUCACCACAGACAGUCAGAGUCAUAUCCUUACAGCUGAUUAUAACAAUGACUGUGUCCACAUCAUAGACCAGGAUGGACAGUUCCUCUGUUUCAUAGACUGUGGACUGAGUGAACCCUAUGGUUUGUGUACAGAUACAAAUGACAAUUUGUUUGUUGCUCAGUGCAGUAGCACACAAGUGAAGAAAAUCAAAUAUCUGCAGUGAAAUGCAUCACUGUAUACAUG